AUUAUCAUUAUGCUAUCAAACCUGUAAAAAAUUGUAGAGAUAUGAAAAUUUAUCGUGUUUUUAUCGUAACUGAUCCUCCUGUUAUAAUAAAGGUUUGUGUUUCAUUUCAAUUAGUACCGGUGCUUGGAUAGGAGCAGUUCAACAUGGCGGACGAGCCACAAGUAAUAACGGUGAUCAGGCUAACCCUGGAGGUACUGUGGGCUGCUAUUCGAGUAGUAUUUGGAUAUCUAGUAUGCAUUUUCCAACAUAUCGUGCCACCUACGCCCAGAGAUGUUUCAAAUGAAAUUGUAUUGAUCACAGGCACCGGACAUGGCAUGGGACGAGCGGUGGCUCUGCGACUGGGCAGGCUAGGCGCUACAAUUGUGUGUGUGGACAUCAAUAAACAAAACAACGACGAAACUGUAGAGCUUAUCAAGCAAGAAAAAGGAAAAGCCUAUGGAUAUAUAUGCGACGUCACCGACCGUGCCGCAGUCUUUGAUCUAGCCGCAAAAGUCCAGAGGGAAGUUGGUAUUGUGACCGUUCUGCUCAACAAUGCUGGUAUAAUGCCUUGCAAACCUAUCCUUAGACAGUCCGAAAAAGAAAUUAGACUUAUGAAUGACAUCAAUAUCCACGGAGUUUUAUGGGGCAUCCAAGCAUUCUUGCCAAAUAUGCUCGAACGCAACUACGGUCACAUAAUAUCUAUGAGUUCCAUGGCUGGACUGAUGGGUCUACGUAACAUUGUGCCAUACUGUGGCUCCAAAUUCGCCGUCAAAGGUAUCAUGGAGGCACUGCGUGUUGAACUGCAUGAAGAUCCCAGGGAUUUCAGUGGAAUCAAACUAACAACGGUCUAUCCUACAAUGGUGAACACCGGUCUGUGCAAGAAACCAAAUCUCCGUUUCGAGAAACUUCUGAACGUGGUCGACACUGAUCAGGCCGCGGACGCUAUCGUCGACGCUAUCAGACGUCAAUACACCGAAAUCAGUAUACCCGCUGAUCUAUUCUACUCGAACAAGCUCUACCGAUUGCUGCCAAUCUCCUCAGCCUUGGUGUGCACUGAUCUCUUGGGAACCGGUUUGGAUCCCGACGAUGUGUAGGUGAAUUAUUAAAACUGGUACAUUAUGGUACAGACAAAUAAAUUAACUUAUUAAUUUAAUUAGAACAAAGUAAACUUGUGAUUGCAUGUAAUUUGUUUACAUGAAACAGUGGUUUGUGGAUCAAUUGAACCCUCGAACACUGUUAUGGGUAAUAUGUGACAUUUCAAUGAAUUAAUUUUGUUAAUAAAAUACUACCACCUA